CCGACAGUCCUGGUUUAAAUGCAGGAGAAACUGUUAUUCGUUGUUUUGGACCGGAUAUAGUGUGGGCUGGGGCAGAGAUGCGUAAUGCGCAGCAAGCUCCAUCUUCUCUCCAAAUAGGCACCGUUCAAGAUCCGAAAAUGGUCAACAACCUGAAUUGGCAUUUGGGAUGUUUGGAGUGCUCAGUGUGCAGAGCGUCUCUGCGCCAACACAACAGCUGCUACGUUAAAAACAAAGAAAUCUACUGCAAACUGGAUUAUUUCAGUAGGUUCGGCACUAAGUGCGCCCAGUGUGGCCGGCAGGUGUACGCCAGUGACUGGGUGCGGCGGGCUCGGGGCAGCGUUUACCACCUGGCCUGUUUUGCCUGUUUCUCCUGUAAGAGGCAGCUGUCGACUGGGGAGGAGUUCGGCCUGGUGGAGGGGAGGGUACUCUGCCGCAGCCACUACGACAUCAUGCUGGAGAACCUUCGCAGGGCUGCUGAAAACGGUACAGGACUGACUCUGGAAGGAGCGCUCCCCUCUGAUCAGGAUGGCCAACCAAAACCAGCCAAGAGGGCGCGGACAUCGUUCACUGCUGAGCAACUGCAGGUGAUGCAGUCUCAGUUCGCACAGGACAACAACCCUGAUGCUCAGACUCUUCAGAAACUGGCCGAAAUGACGGGACUGAGCAGGCGAGUCAUUCAGGUUUGGUUUCAAAACUGCCGUGCGCGACACAAAAAGCAGCCGCCUCAGAGCAGCUUCUCUCAGAGCGCUCCGCUGUCCAGGAUGCCUCCAUCGCUGCCAGACGAUAUCCACUAUUCACCGUUCAGCAGCCCGGACCGACCCCAUCUACUGGCCCUGCACGGAUACCUGGACACACACCCUUUCUCUGUCCUCGCUGCCCCGGGCCACUUGACCCAUCCAUCCAUCUCUUUACCAACGCUUCCCAUCAGCCGCUGACCUCCUGCGUCUACUUUUGUAGCGUCACCACUCUGAUGUUGUGAAAAAAAUCCUUUGGGACGUACUUUCAGUAAUCUGCUCAGUUUGGGACUCUAAUCUCCAGGCAGCAGGGACCUCGCUGUUUUCAAUCGUCAGUCGGAUUCUUCGCUGUGAGACUGCUGAGCUAAACUUGUCUUUUAAAGACAGCGGACUGUGGCAGUUGGAGAAAUGUCCCGCCUCCACGCCAACAUGGAGUUUUUUUUUAUUUUGUUUUUCAUGAUGCAGUGAAGAAGACCACUUUUGUUUUAUUUUUUCCUCUUUUUGAUGGGACACAAGAGAUUGCAUCAGGUCAGGAUUUUUUUCCUUUUGUUGACCCACUCAUACAAGGUAUUUUAAUUAUAAUGCUGCAAUAUGAGCUCUCAAAAAAGAAGAAAAAGGGAGUGUUGUAGCAGCAUUACAGUAAAACCUCAGCAUUUUUUGUAUUCGUGAUGAGCACAUUUGUAGCUUUACUGUUGUUUGUUGUUGUGUUGUUGUCAGAAAAUGGAAACUCUUAUUUAUUCAGAACAAAACUUCACUUUUAAAAAGCACUUUUAAAUGUGUCUUGAAAUUGAAUAAUUCA